CUCAGGCUGUGUUCGCACCUCCAAUUGGCAUACAACUUGAAAGAGAAAAGGUACAACAUGGCGCAUGUAGCCGGUUUGCUCGCCUCGGCUGUGGUCUCAGCGGUGGGCAAUAAGCUGGGUUCUGCCAUUGGGGAUGAGGUCAUGAUGCUGUGCAGCUUCAAGGACGACCUCAAGGACAUGAAGGACACGUUAGAGUACAUGGAGGCGGCGCUCAAGGAUGCUGAGAGGCGGUCUGUCACGGAGGAGUUGGUGCGGCUGUGGCUCAACCGGCUCAAGCACGCUGCCUACGACAUCUCUUACAUGCUCGACGAGUUCCAAGCUAAUAGUGAACCAGCCUCCAGAAAGAUGAUUGGGAAGCUGGACUGUUUUGCUAUUGCACUCAAGAUUACCAUGGCUUAUAAGAUGAAGAAGAUGAGAGGUCAGCUGAGGAAGAUCAAAGAUGAUCACGAGAGUUUCAAAUUCACACAUGAUAACUCCAGCCUAAUUAGUGUGCACCAGUUUCCUGAUCGACGGGAAACAACAUCAGAUGUGAUUGAAUCACUCAUCAUAGGGAGAGACAAAGACAGGAUGAAUGUUCUUUCUUUGUUAGCCACAAGCAGCAACAAAGAAGAUACUACAAUUCUUCCUAUCUGUGGGCUUGGAGGCAUAGGAAAGACAACUUUGGCACAACUGGUCUUCAAUGAUGGUCAGUUCAAAGAUUAUAAUCAUCGGGUAUGGGUCUAUGUAUCCCAGGUGUUUGACUUGAAAAAAAUUGGGAACUCCAUAAUUUCUCAAGUAGAAAAAGGAAGCCAAAAUCUAGAUACAAGGCAGUUGAUAAACCAACAUCUUAAACAUCUACUUCAAGAUAAGAAGACUCUAAUUGUUUUGGAUGACCUAUGGGAGACAGAUAACUUCCAACUGGAUCAACUCAAGCUUAUGUUGAAUGUAAGCUCCAAGAUGAGAGUUUUAGUCACAACACGCAGCAUAGACAUUGCAAGAAAAAUCUGUACUGUUGAAGCAUAUAUGCUAGAUCCCUUGGACAAUGAUAUGUGUUGGAGAAUAAUCAAGCAAAACAGUGGCUUUGAAUCUAGAGCUGAUAAAGAGAAAGUUGAACCAGUUGGACAGAUGAUUGCAAGGAAAUGUGGAGGUUUGCCAUUGGCAGCUCAAGCACUUGGAUUCUUGCUAUCUGGAAUGGAUCUUACUGACUGGGAAGCAAUGUGUAAUACUGAUAUUUGGGAUGAACCAUUUUCCGACAGUACAGUGUUACCAUCCUUGAAGUUAAGUUACAAUACUUUGACACCAUAUUUGAGGUUAUGCUUUGCCUAUUGUGGCAUCUUUCGUAAAGGUCACAGUAUAAGUAAAGAUGAUCUUAUCCAGCAAUGGAUUGCUCUGGGUUUCAUUGAGCCAUCUAAUAACUUUUCGGCCAUACAACUUGGCGAGAAGUAUGUUAGGCAAUUCCUUGGGAUGUCUUUCCUUCAGCAUACACAAUUGCCCGAGAUAUUUGCAAAAACAAUCUUGACCAUGCACGAUCUGGUGCAUGAUCUCGCAAGAUCAGUCAUUGCUGAAGAGUUGGUUGUCUUUGAUGCUGAAAUAGGGAGCGAUGCUAGAAGAAAAGAAUACUGCCACUAUGUGUCUCUUACAAACUGUAAUAUUUCAGAUUACAUCAAGGCAAGGAAAAUGUCAACUAUUUUCCCACCUAAGUUAAGGGCGAUACAUUUUACAGACUGUGAAUUUCAUGGUGGUGCAUUUUCAUUUCCAAAGUGCUUGCGUGUCUUGGAUCUAUCUGGAUGCCCCAUCACAGAGUUUCCAAGCGCUCUAGGACAACUGAAGCAACUGGAGGUUCUUAUUGCUCCGAGGCUGCAAGAUCGGUAAUUUCCCGAGAGUAUCACUCGACUCUCAAAAUUACGUUACCUGAACCUUAGUGGUUUAGGCAAAAUUUCAGCAAUACCAAGCUCGGUUAGCAAACUUGAGUCUCUAGCGCAUCUUGACUUGUCUGCUUGUAUCAGUGUCGAAGUCAUACCAGAGAGCCUUGGAAGCAUAAAAAACCUUCCAAACACUUGACCUCUCAUGGUGCAAUAAGCUAGAGUCCCUUUCAGAGAGUCUUGGAAGCCUAAUAAACCUUCAAACACUGGACC